GCAGGAGCCCGAAGGGCUCUGAAACCGACAAGGAAGUACCCGAUUUGCUCUCCAGAAGAGUCUCCGAAUGACUGCCCAUAUGUCGCAUGUAGAAUCCCCGCCCGAAGGGACGUGACCCCAGGUUUUGGUAAGAGGGUUUCUUGACUGAUUAGCGCAACAUUCGGCUGACGAUAAGGACACGCUCUGGUACUCGUUGGCAUUUCGGGUCUCCUAUUGGUACCAGAGAUCACUGACACCGACCGACCGGUGAAUGACUCCCUGUCGGUCUGAGCCCUGUGGGCCUGUUUCCGAAGUAGUGGCAAUGCCGGGGCGAUUUGCAUUGGUCGGGCCCCUGAAACAGGGAGGGGCGUGUUGGUUAUUGGUCUACAGUGCCUGGCAGGUUAGUUCAGGUCAGCUAGUUGUAUUCAUGAAUCAUUUCAACAAGUGGCUUUUGUUUGAUUCGGUAUCAUUUAAAUAGUAAUUUAAACGCGGCAGUAGAACAUGAGAACAACGUGACCACAUUCGCACGUUGUCAGUCUUCCAGUCGUUUACGCAUGAUGGUCAAAAGCCAAAUGAUUAAUAUGAAUCUAAAUCCUCAACGCGUGUUACACAACGGCAAGCGAGCAAUGGUUAAACUAGGAGACCAUCUAAACUAUCUAGCCUGGUACGAAACUCGUUGCGGGUGCUAGAGGCUGUGAUGACCAGCGACAGGCGGCUCCAAAAUGGAACUGUGCAAUACGAAAAAGUCCUGCGUGCCCCCGAUGGAGCCCAUGAGACAUGAAGGGCUCUGAAUACAGCGAGGCCGGCGCGGCGGAUGGCCAGAUCGGUAAUACCGCAUCAACCUAGCGCUUGAACAGCCGCUGCCAUUUAAUCACUUGAAGAGCAUCGGUGAUGAUUCUGACCACAAAGUUCAUCACCCCUUGUGCUUGCUUUAGGUUACACGCUUCAGCCCCACCCUAGACCGACAGGCAGUGCAUAAGAUGAGGAAAAACAUGGGAAUGGAUGAGGAGCUUACAAAUCUUGGGCGAACGGAGGUGACGAAUUUUGUCCAAGUAGCAAAGGACGGAGCUGCACUUUUUGACAUCAUGACAUAUAUGCAUCUGCUAGGAAAAAUUGUAACCACCAGUGUCUUUACCAACGGCGAAGGUCUUCAUUUGUAUCCCACAAUGUCAAGGUGAAAAGAUGAGGGUUUUGUCAAGGAUUGUAGAGUGCGAAAAAGGAGAAGAAUUGUUUUAGCGGGGUUCGUUUGAAGGGAGUUAGACGUCAAGCAGGCUUGAAUCAUUUGGAUGUUUUUUUCUGCCCAAAUUUCAAAACGUAUAGUUGGCCUGGAUAAACGGAGUCUGGCACCAGAAUGUCGUCGGCUUGGGACCCUGGACGUCUGUGAGGGAGGUAGAGAGGUAAGAUGAGAGGUAGAGAGGUAGAGAGGUAAGAUGCAAGGUCGCUCGGGAAGACGCUGAAGAGGAAAGGGCCGAUGGGCAUGGGCAUAGAGGGCAUAUGCCACACCCUCCAAGGCUUUUGAUUUCGCCCAGGGUAGACACUUCGCCGGCUGAAACAAGGAAACAUGCCCUGACACCUGACUUGUUCCGUUCCAUGGGGCUAAAGCACGUGGCGUCGUACGAGGGGCGCACAAUAACUUAUACGGACGGAUCCAAAACUUCAGGCGGUGUCGGCUGUGCGUUUGCAAGAGGUACUGCCACUCGAUCAUUCACACUGUCCAAACACGCGCCGGUAUUCACGUCCGAACUCGUGGCUAUAAUCAAGGCGCUCUGUUUUAUUGAAGUUGGGAAUGAGUCCUCGCACCUCGUUUUAACAGUUUCUUUGAGCCUUUGAGCCUUUGAGCCUUCUCUUGGUCUUGAGAACUUUGAACCCAUCGAGUCCCCUUUUACAGGACAUUUUGAUGCGUCUCGCUGCAUUGGACCAAGUUGGAAAGAAGGUGAUACUGUGUUGGAUUCCUAGUCAUGUCGGUAUCGUUGGAAAUGAGCUCGCUGACGCGGCUGCAAAACGCGCAUCACAUGUACCAUGUACGCGCAGAUUGCCUCUUAUAGGCCAAAAUUUUAUCCAGCCAUUUGGCCUUUCUUGCAACACAAGUGGUAUCUCUGUUGGAUUGAUGACACAAAUAGCAAAUUGAAACAAUAAAAUCCGAAUUGGGACCGUGGUCUUCCAGCUUCCGUGACUGGAGGCAGGAAGAAGUUGUGCUUUGCAGGCUGCGUAUUGGCCACACGUACGAAAGCCACCGGUAUUUGUUGUGUGGUGUUGAGAGACCCCGAUGCCCUCGUUGGCCUGCUUUUCUGGCGGUGCACCACGUAGUUGAGCUAUGUCCUUAUUUCGCCCGGAAGCGUUUGGUUUACUUUGGGCAAAGUGCUACCUCCCUUACGCUAAGUGACAUUCUUGGAAAUCAUUCGCGACUUUUUGAACAUGGCCGACUGCUUUCAUUCCUUGCAAAAAUCGGAUUUUGCUUCAUAUAUUCACCUCGUAGCUGAAUGACAACGUUAUGGGCGCAAAAUGACCUAUGCAGUCGGCGCGCCCAAAACCCCUAAUAACCAACAAAAACAAAUGUCUCGUAUGCCAAGCUAUACUUAUCGGCAGCUUGGUCACGACGUGACGCACACUGGUAGUGGCGGUGAGAUCGACGUUGAAGUUGUUGAAAGUCAGGGUGCAAACGGCGGCGUGAGGCGUGGGUGAGACCUGCUAGGGUCCUGCCAGGUCGAUCUGUGUGACGAGGGGAAGCUGUAGGACACUGGCCAGCGUAUGUUCUACCACAGCCGCUGAAUCACCAAACUGUGUUUUUGGCUCACGCAGCGCUGCCUCAUACACAUCACAGAGGAGUGCACGGACAGCCUCUUGGGCUUGCCCGGUGAGACAAUAUGACAGGUGUGUCAGGCGCUCCGUGCCCGUCAGCACACAGGUACCGUGUUCGAGGGCCUUACGCAGCCUACUUCAAGUGGGCCCCUCCAUGGAAGAGCCGUCGUACUUGUCUAGCGUUAUCGUGAGGAGUGCUGAAGGUCUUCGGAAGUCUGCGCGUCCACUGGAAGUGUCGAUAUCCAACUCCAGGGCCGCUCAUAGGGUUCAGCUUUCUCUUAGGCUCUUCGGAGUCUCGCAGCGGGCUCGUGAUUCAUCGUAUCAUCGCUGUCAGUCUUCCGCUAACCUCGGUCGCCAUCCUCCCCAACCAGCUCCUGUGACCACAGCUCUUCCUCUUCCAUAAACUACAGCUCAAGGUCAUCUACCGCUACCGCGUCGGCAGCUUUACGUACCGCUGCACAAGCCUUACCCACCUAGCCUGACCUACCAGCUGUUCCUCCGCUUCGGUUGCUGCCAUCGCUGCCCUCGUCUGAGCCUCAAAUGCGCGCUUUGCAUCGUUCGCAGGCUCCUUAGUCUGUGCAUCUUUCCCUGGAGACAUUUGUGCCUAGCUUUUCGCGGAUAUCGCGAACGAUUCCGCUGUACUUCCGGUCUUCAGACUGCUUCGGGCCUUCGGAGACAUUUUUGUUACCUUGCAACGUUACGCUCUGGCCACGAUCCGGCCCGGUGGGCCAAAAUGUUAGUUCGCCAACAUAAAAUGGACGAAAAACUUGUGUAUUGCAACGAAAUGAAGUACCUUGCCGCUCACUUCUCGCUGAAGGACCGCGAUCGACAUGCAGCAAUUUCGUGGAGGAAAUCACUUGCACGAGGCCCAAAAUUCACGCGCAAGUCAGGGCACAGGUCUGUCUCUUGCGAAGCGGCGAAUUCCUCGCCUUCCUCUACGCUAAUUUUCACGUAAAACCAACGAGGGUUUUUGUGAUGAGUGAAUUUAGAUAUGACAGAUGACAGACAUUCCAAAGGUCAUAAUAUUGAAAGCACUCCCUCGAUGUCACGUUCCCAGACUACAUUUUUUUAAACGAUUUUGCUUGUGUCGCCCAGGAUGCGGUGACGUUUUUGGUAAAGUUGCAUCCUUUGGACGUUUUGUGCUUGGUUUAGUCCAACUUUAUGCUUGACUUCAUUUUUGUUUUCAAUAUUUAUCGUGGCUUUUCUUCUUCACGCAUAAAUUCCAUACUGCCUGCCGCAACCAAAUGUAGUAUAACACCGUUUUGUAAGACACAUCGCACCAAGUGAAAUAGUGCCUUGAACUCUGGAACAAUCAUCGUGCAGCAUCAUUUACGCUCCAGUCUGCCGGCAGCAGAGGUAAGUGUACACCCACGACAUGCCUCUGCUCCGGAUUGGUACGGCACUGUGCCCUCUGGUAGUGCUCAUGGUUCCAUCCCCGUGCGACGGAUUUUUCUUUAAGCACUCUGGCGGAAUGCGGUGUGGCGGCUUGCACCGAAAGAUCAGUGAAGUCUCUGCGGCCGUGAAGUCGGCAGUGCUGCCGCGGUUAAACAGCGUGCAGGCCCAGUUGCGACACCUUAAGUUGCAGCGGCCGGUCUGCCCGCCACCGGUCUGUCCGAAGCCGGUUUGCCCGAAGCCAGUCUGCACGCCACCGGUCCACUGCCAGCCGCCGGUCCACGGCGAGCCGCCGGUCUACGGCAAGCCGCCGGCCUACGGCAAGCCGCCGGUCCGCGACUGCAGCGACCUGCCAUUUGGCUCGACCAGCGGGGUAUACCGGGUGUGGGUGAGUGGUCUGCCUAAACCGGUGCCGGUGUACUGUGACACGUCCAAGGGCGGCGGCAGGUGGACCGUCAUCCAGCGGCGCGCCGAUAUCACACCCAGGCAGAACUUUUAUCUCAACUGGCAGUCCUACAAGAUUGGAUUUGGAAAGCUCGAUGGCGAAUUCUGGUGGGGCAAUGAACACCUGUUUCGGCUAACCUCGCAGGGUGGCCGACCGCACAAGCUGCUCAUUAUCCUGAAAGACUUUGAUGGCGGAAAAAGGUACGCAUUAAACCGGAACUUCAAAGUCGGGCCAGAGUGGGAUGGUUAUCGCCUUCACGUGAGCGGCUACACGGGAAAUGCCGGCGAUAGUUUUAGUUUUCACAACGGUGCUCGUUUCUCUACACACGAUAGAAAUAGCCAACACUCGCGAAGAGCGGGAAUUUGUGCACAGAGAUUUAAGGGUGCCUGGUGGUACAAGUGCUGCCACGAAUCCAACCUGAACGGACGAUACCUUUCCGGACCGCAUCGAUCGUUCGCCGAUGGCAUCGAGUGGAAACGUUGGAAAGGAUUUUAUUAUUCCCUGAAAGCAGUGGAAAUGAAUAUCAGGCCAGUAUAGAAGUAGGGGUUUCAAGUCAACUCGCUUGAAUGGUGUUACUUAGCCCGACGGCAAAGGCAUAGGUGAAGGAAAGCAAGGAGGUCCGUGCUUGAAAUGCUUGCACGAAGCUUAUAGAAACUAGUAUAAUCAAAUUGUCUGUGCUUCUGGAACCCAGCGGAAACAAGCAAACAUGUGCAUCACCUCCUGCGGAAGAUUUGUAAACUUGUGCCGAAUCUUCCACAUAGUGUUGUAUUUGCAUGGUUAUAUGGGCGAUCAAAAACAAGCAUAUCCAUCCAAUACUGGACUGAUACACCAAGCAGUGUGACUCCUGUUUGACUCUCCAACCAACACUCGACUCAAACGUGAAAGGUCUUUCCUACCGCGAGGGUAAAGCAGUAGGGUAGGCAGCGGGGCGCGUGGCCCCUCCCUUAAAUCCUGAGAUCCUGCUGGCCAGAAGAGUCCGAAUGGCUGGCUUUAUGUCGCAUUUGGAAUCCCUGCCCGUAGGGACGCGACCCCAGAUAUUGGUAAGAGGGCUUCUUGGCUGAUUAACGUACCUUUGACUGACGAUAAGGACACGGUUUGGUACUCGUUGACAUGUUGGGUCCCCUAUUGCUCCCAGAGAUCACCGACACCGAGUGGCCGGUGGACAACUCCCUGCCGGUCUGAGCCCUGUGGGCCUGUUUUCGAAGUAGUGGCAAUGCUGGGGCGGUAUACAUUGGUCGGGGCCCCUGAAACAGGAAGUGGCGUGUUGGUUAGUGGUCUCAGUGCCUGGCAGUUUAGUUCAGGUCAGCUCGUUGUAUUCAUUAAUCAUUUCAACAAGUGGCUUUUGUUUGAUUCGGUAUCAUUGCGAUAAUAAUACAAAUGCAGCAGUGCAACAUGACAACAACGUGGCCACAUUCGCACGUUGUCAGUCUCCCAGUCGUUUACACAUGAUGGUCAAAAACCAAAUAAUGAGUCAGAAUCUAAAUCGACAACGCAUGUUACACAACGGCAGGCGAGCAGUGAUUACACUAGGGGACCAUCUAAAUCAUCUAGCCUGGUACGAACCUCGUUGCGGAUGCUGGAGGAUGUGAUGACCAGCGACAGGCGGCUCCAGAAUGGAACUGUGCAAUACGAAAAAGUUGUGUGCCACCGACGGAGCCCGCGAGUCAUUAAGGGCCCCGAAUACAGCGAGGCCGUCACGGCGGGCGGCCAGGUCAGUAGUACCUCAUUAACCUAGCGCUUGAACAGCCGCCGCCAUUUAAUCACCGGACGAGCAUCGGUGACGAUUCUGACCACAAAGUUCAUCACCCCUUGAGCUUGCUUUAGCUUAGAAGCUUCAGCCCCACCCAAAACCGAGAGGCAGUGCAUAAGAUGGGGAGAACAUGGGAAUGGGUGAGAAGCUUGCGAAUCUUGGGCGUAAGGAGGUGACUAAUGUUAUCCAAGCAGAAAAGGACGGAGCUGCACUUUUUGACAGCAUGACAUAUGUGCAUUUGCAAGGAAAAAUUACUUUCCUUAGUGACCACCACUAUCUUUACCAACGACGAAGGACUUAAUUUGUGUUCCGCAGCGCCAGGGUGAAAAGAUGAGGUUUGUUAAGGAUUGUGGAGUGCGAAAAGGAUGAUAAUUGUUUUAGCGGGGCUCGUUUGAAGGGAGUUAGAUGUGAAGCAGGAUUGAAUAACUUGGACGGUUUCUGUCUGUGAAGAUCUCAAAACGUGUAGUUGACGUGGA